UCUGCUGACGUGCCCUCACCCGGAAGCGGAAGUGUACAGUGGUUGUGCAGGACGGAGGCCCUGGGGGCCCGCGGGGAAGAUGCCAGUUGCCGUGAUGGCGGAAAAUCCGGUGUGCUACCAGAGGCUUCUAGAACAGUGCGAGGAACAGGAGCUGGAGGCUCCUGGAGGUGUGGCUACUCCCAACGUCUACACCCAGCUGCUGGUUUUGUAUCUUUUACACAAUGAUAUGAAUAAUGCUCGUUAUCUGUGGAAAAGGAUCCCACAGCCUGUUAAAUCUGCCAAUGCAGAGAUUGGUUGGAUUUGGGAUGUAGGUCAGAAGAUCUGGCAAAGAGAUUUUCCAGGAAUAUAUACUGCCAUAGCUGCCCAUCAGUGGUCUGAAAACAUACAGCCUGUCAUGGAGGCAGUAAGAGAUGCAACACGAAGGCGAGCCUUUGUACUCGUAUCACAAGCAUACACGUCAAUUUGUGCAGAUGAUUUGGCAGCAUUUGUUGGACUUCCUGUUGAGGAAGCUGUAAAAGGAGUUCUAGAACAAGGUUGGCAGGCUGAUUCUGCCACACGUAUGGUAAUGCCGAAGAAACCAGAUUCUGCUCCCCUGUCUCUGAUCCCCAACGAACAGCAGCUGGCGAGACUCACUGACUACGUGGCCUUCCUAGAGAACUAGUAUCCCCUUCCAGGCCUGACAUCAAGAAUGCAGGAAGCUGAGGGAGCGGCAAGCCGGGGAUUCUCUGCACUUUGUUGCCCGUACCUCCAAAUCCCCACAUUUGAUAUACUCGUUACAGGCUGGGCAAACACCUCAGCUGCUUCAGGACUGAAAGGGUUAAUGUGGGAGGGAGAAGGCACCAACGGGCCAACUCGAAACCUUGGCUCGGCUCAUUAACCGCUUUGCUGCCAGGAAGAAUUUGCAAUCAUCUACACAGUAAUUUGUCAAAAGUCUCUCUGGCAGAAAAGCGGUUUUAGUUAUUUUACAGAAGUUUAGCAAUAGAUACUUGCUUUUCAGUCUAAUAUGACUUAGGGUAGUCUGUUAUUGAAAUGUCCUAUUCUAGCUGUUUUACCGAAGUGAGAUUUUCCAGGCUUCUUACUAGUAGUGGAAUAUAUUAGCAACUCAUUUCCUCCUAGUAAUUGCAGACAUGUGGAACUUUCUGUUGGCUGUUUUCAUAGUGACACCGCAUGUGUCACAAGGUUCUUGGACAAUCAGGCGUCGCCAUUUCUCAACUCUUCUGUUUGGUUAUAUACUGGUCAGUCAGUAUAUGGAAUCUUUUGCAAAAACGUUGUCAUCGUAUACAGAGGAAAACGGUGACUGCUGCUUGUGUCACAGCAGGGAAAGUAAAGCUCGGGAUGUGGUGCUGGAACCUUCAGCUUAUUCAACAGUCUGUCCUGCCAAGACCACCCACUCCCUGUUUUCAAGCAGUAUUUGGUUAUACAUCGGUUUUAAAGGGCCACUCCACCCAUAACACAUGGCAAAGUAUAGGCGCUGGUGAGUUUAUCUACCUGCUGGCUCUGUUUUGAGGACAUUAGUGGUGAGAUAUUCUUUGAUAGGGUAACUUACUGCCAUCCCUUGCUCUAGAUUCUUACAGGUCCUCUUAGUUCUGGAAAAAGUCUCUCCAGUCCAACCAAAAACUGAAAUAAAUGUUAUGGGUAGACUGCUCUUUUAGUGAUGCAUGGAAUUACCAUCAGGAAAAAUGCUGUAUUAAUCCUAAUCCCAACAUGGCAAGUACAUUUGUCUUAAUAGCUGAAAGAAUAUCGGCAAAGAAAAUGGCGCAUAUGGCACUUCAGGUUUAUGGUCCCUCCAGACACUGCAUGGAAGGCGAAGCGGUGUUAAUUUUGUGAACUUGUAUUUUGAUCUUGAAGAUCUUCCAAGAAUGACCCAUUAAAAUAUGUUUAUUACACAUA